UCCAAGGGCGUGCCAGACGUGGUCGAGGAAUCGUCGUGUUCGUACAAUUUUCAGUAAAGCACAAAAUUAAGAUAAGAAAGUACUUUGUUAGUCAUCCCAUAGACACAGUGACUGUAGGACCGUCUGUUACCAACAGGCUGCAAGAGGAGUUUCCCUAUGCACACAUAGCCAUGUCGAAAGACCACGCGAUACUAGACGCUCCCCCGAGCUACAACGAGGCCGUGUUCGGGGCCCCCGGCGCUUCGAACGGCUUCCCGCCCUCCUCGCCGCCCGCCGACGAGUCCUACUACAGCCAGCCUGCGCCUCCGCCUGCCCUCCCCCCAGUCCCCUACGCCGGCGCCCGGCUCGAGCCUUCGUUUCCCCCGGAUCUGAGCCCUCUGCUUGCGUGCCAGGUGCUGACGGUGGGCAGUAAGAUGGGUAAUCUUAGCUACAAGAUAAAGGACAUGGCUGGCCUACAUGUUUUCACUGCCAAGGGAAGCAUCGAAGGAGAUAUUUGCAACUGCUGUGAUCCCACUGCAAGAUGGGUAGAAUUUGAUAUCAGAAACCUUAACAAAGUUCCCUUGGCUCAUUUCAAGGUAACCUUGGAUGAAAUGGGGUGCUGCUCCUUCCCAAAGAUGCAUUUGGAUGUGGCAUACGUCCCAAACAUCCGAAUUGGCCAGGUGUGGGUGCGGGGGAGGUUCGCCUAUGACGUCACUAACAACGGAGGUGAUAUCGUCCUGACAGUCGAGGGGGACGUCGGGUGCUGCGAAAUGUUGCCGUAUAAGAUUUGCACUCCCGCUGGCGUCCAGGUUGGCGCCAUCGAACGUGUAGACAGAAUUAAAAACAGAUUAUUCUUCCCCAUUGAUAUGGACAUCCGAGUUAAAGUUCUGCUUCUGGCGACAACAGUCUUCAUCCAAUAUUCAGAUGAAAGAAGGCGAAAGAAAUAACAAGAAGACGAUUCAGCGCUGGCUCUCAUCAUUCGCACUAGCUUUCUGCUCUCUCUCUCUCUCUCUCUCUCUCUCUCUCUCUCUCUCUCUCUCUCUCUCUCUCUCUCUCUCAUUCUGUACAUUUUCUGCACAAUGCCAGAGGUUAAACGUGACCGCCCUGAAGCCCAUGGUUGGAAUAAUGAACACACACUCCUGGACGACAGGCGAAAACUUCCUGGCAACUCUCUUCUCCGAUUCUACAAUCUUUGCUUCCAGAGGAGAUAAGUUCCAACUGCCCGGACCUCUACCAUCCCAGAACCAGAGUUCAAGAGCUCACAUACAGAUAAUGCUCUGUAAAUACAAUACCUCUACUUGGGUGCACCUGUUUGAAUUAUACUUGCCCAAUAGGGUCUUCAUCCCAUCGCGUGAGACCUACUAGAUUGCCUGCAACAGUACCUGAUUCCCAUACCAGCAGUGACUAGAACCUCGAACAUUUUUAUAAUGCGCAAUGCAACUACCAUUCCUAUGCUCUUAUUUAAUUCUCUUAGACAUCCUUAGAACCCCUUGGGAAGAUUUUAAGCAAAAUAAUGAGGUAUAUCCUUGGCUGUUCUGUCUCCUAUAAGGAUAUUAGUGUGUUGAGAGAAUGUGUUCAUCAAGUGCCUUCAUUCUCCCCAUUAUGUUUCCCAUUUUUCUUAUGUUGUUUUAUGUAUUCAGGUCCUUGCUCAUUAUUAAUGGCCACACUCUCAUUGAAUCAGUUUUCUUUAUAUUCAGAGAUUAAAUAUAUGUGUACCUUUAGCAGAUUUUGAUUUACAGCAGUAGAUGGGAGUGCAGUCAUUCUUUAUGUUCUUAACCCAUACUUACCCGCCCGUGGAAGAAUAGACAGGUAGUAGACUGGCGAGUUUGUCAAGCUUAACCUGAUGGAUGUUACAAGGACUGUUGCAUGCUGUUUCAUAUUUUCUUUCAGAAGAUAUUGAAUAAGGUAGUUAUCAGUGAUUCUUAGGUUCAUCUCAGAAGUCUGUUGCUUCUCCCCAAUUCAACAAAUGGGUCAAUCAGCUUUAGCUCAAGAGAAAUCCCCAACACUGAACUACUUGUGAAUUACUUUUGAUAUCGGAACAAUAGCUAACGGUGAUACUCUUCAUCAUCUCAACUAAGACCGUGCUUAGGUUGGCACUACCUGAUGUUGGUACUUCCUCGCUUUUCUACAACAGAAAGACGAUAUACUCAGCCGCACUUCUACCCAAACCAUCCAAGAAAUAUCGCAUGAGUUCACAAUAUCUGUCUCAUACUAUGGUCCUUCACUUCGUAUAACUCACAACUAUCACGACUCGGACUUGGUAUUCGUUUGACAUUUCGUAUCUAUUUUUGCACAGCUGAAUUUCGGGUACAGGCUAAUCUAUAAGGGUUUCGAGGCGGGGAUGUGCUGUGCUUCCGUAAAACAGUCAUCAACCUGAUUGCCUUGAGUGCCCCUCUAUUAAAGAGAUUUUCUUUAAUUGAUGUUACCAACGGUCCUCUUACAAGUCUGUCGUACCUUGGGCGUAAUAAAUUGAUCAAAAGUAAAUUCUCUCUCUCUCUCUCUCUCUCUCUCUCUCUCUCUCUCUCUCUCUCUCUCUC